AGAACUGAGAGCACCGGUCGGGCAGCAUUCCGACGUGGUUAUUGAGGGUGAUAAGGUGUGAUAGGGGUGGAUUGAGACUUUGGACCUUUCCUCUUAAUCUAACGGUUCUCUUAAGUCCUACGGUUAAAAUAUCGCUAGCACACCUGAUACCAAGGUGUCCUGCUAGCUUUUUUAUACGUCUCCCUUAUAAUAAGUAGAAAUAAGUGUUAUAAAUUAUAUUGAAUACUUGUAAAAAUAAAAAUAAAUCAAAUAAAUAAAAAUAGAAAUCAAACCAAAGAGAGAGAAAAUGAGUGACAUAAGUUAAGCAUCCCACAAAUGUGCAAAGUCUUUCUAAAAGGAAAAAAAAAAAAUUGAUAGUUUGUUAGUUGGAGAUAAUGAUGGACCAUCAUUCAUUUGAUUAGAAUCAAUCGGCCAAAAUUUCUUUUUGAGCUAAUGGCUCAACAAAGGGGGGCUGGGAUGCAAGAGGCAGUGGGAUUAUUUUCAAAUACUAGAGAGAGAAUGACACAAGCCAAACAACCCAACAACGUGCUCAUCUUUUUCCACAAAAAAAAAAAAAAGUACAACUGAUAGUUUGUUAGUUAGAGGUAAUGAUGAAAUGGGACUCAUUUGAUUGGAAUCAAUUGGUCAAACUUGGGGAUUUGAGAUACAAAGGGCAUUGAAGUCAUUUCAAAAUAAAAGAGAAUGUCAAGUUAAGCACCCAGUUGAUAGUAUGUUAGUUGGAGUUAAUGAUGGAAUAUGACUCAUUUGAUUAGAAUCAUUCAAUCAAAUUUUUGAGUUACCGACUGAACCAAUGAGGGUUUGAGAUGCAAGGGGCAUUGGUUUUAUUUCCAAAGAUGAGAGGGAGAUAGAGUGACACAAGCCCGGCCAACCGCAGCACCGUGCCGUCUUUUCCCGGAAAUAAAAAGAAGACAGUUGACAGUUUGUUAGUUGGAAGUUAUGAUGGAAUGGGACUCAUCUGAUUAGAAUCAAAUGGUCAAUCCCUAUAGUCAAGCGCUUUCCUUUCAACCACACGACGAACGAACAUAUUUGAUCAAAUUUGUUCCCUUGUUUGACAUCCUACAAUUAAGGCCUCCUCGUCUUCUCUCUCUUCCAACACAACCGAUACACACGUCUCCUUCUUUCCUCGUAUCAAAGUUUAGAUUUGCAGAAACCCCUCUCUCUCUCUCUCUCUCUCUCUCUCUCUCUUCCCAUUUCUCCCGCACGCCCCCGGCGGGGGUCCGUGUGGGGUACACGGUAAGGUGUGAAGAUGGCAGACAGGAGAUUGAUGGUGAUGAACUGGGAUGGUUUGGGAGACGAUGACGAUCAAUUCUUCGAGUCUAACGAUCGAAUGUCCUCUUUCAUGGCCAUGGACAUGGCUUUCUCUGUUUCCGAUGACGAUGAUGAAGUCUACGAUGACAGUCGUAUUUCCUUUGCAUCCUGUUUCUCAACUCCACCGGAGGAAUUCCGCGGCUUCAUCACCCCAGCGGCGCCACCGACCUCAACAACAACAACAACAACAACAACAACAACAACAUCAGUCGUUACAAUAUUGGAUGACUACAAUGUUUGGAUGGCCGAACCAGGAUCCAUAGAGGAGCGGCGGAAGCGGCUUCUUAAAGGAAUGGGAUUGGCCGGCGCCGCUUCUAUAAAAACCGUCUCAUCUCUUCGUGCCCGCACAAUCAAAAUCUCCCCAAAAAAGGAAGAACAAGAACUAAUAAAGCAUUUGAAGCAAUCAGAAGAUUCAGAACAUCCACUACCCUCUCCUCCAACGGAUUCCACUUUGUAUGUUCGAUCAAUAUCAGAUGGAUCCUUGGAAUCUUCCUUCUUGAUUGCCCAACGAAGAAUUGAGGAUCUUCUCGGCGUUUCAUUGAAGCGUAAUCUUCUCCGUACAGCUACGGGGUUUGAUAAGAACCCUAAUUCUGUUAACCUCUCUGUGAAUUCCUCUGUUUCAUCUCUGCUACUAAAUGGGAAAAAUGGUGGGGGUGGGUUUGUUCUGAUAAAGAAUCUGGACACUGGUAAGGAAUUCAUGGUCAACGAAUUCGACGAAGAUGGAAUGUGGAACAGAGUCAGUGAUCUUCAAACAGGGAAGCAAUUAACCCGAGAGGAAUUCGAGCAGAGCUUAGGGUAUUCCCCAAUUGUGAAGGACUUGAUGAAUCAAGAUAAUGUUUCGAAUGAUAUCAGGAUCGCAAUAAGGAAGGUUGCCAUGAAUCUAAACCUGAAUCCCAUUAUUGGAAAGAGCUUGAAGUAUAGCAAGAGAAGAGGAGCGGCAUGGUUGAAGAACAUAAAGGGUGUAGCCAAUUCGGUGACCGGAUUGAUAGGAGAUAAGGAGAAUUCGAAUAAGGAUGGUUCUCCAUUAAUGGAGCAACGAUCACAAUCACAGUGGACCAAAGUUCAUCAACAUGGGAAAUCAUAUAAGGAGCUCACGGGAUUAUAUAUGUCCCAAGAAAUCCAAGCUCAUCAGGGUUCGAUUUGGACGAUUAGGUUCAGUUUUGAUGCCCAUUACCUUGCGAGCGCGGGAGAAGAUCGUGUGAUUCAUGUGUGGGAAGUAAUUGACUGUGAUGUGAUGCCGUCGGGGUUAAAGUCGCCGGAGGAAGGGAAUUUGAAUUCCAGUUCCGGUUCCGGUUCCGGUUCCGGUACGGGUACGAUUGGGGCAAACCAGCAAGAUCGAGCAUUGCCACUUGGGGAUCAAGGUCAAGUGAUGCCAUCGGAGAAGAAGAGGAAAGGGAAGAAGGGUUGGAUCCCAGACUAUGUGAUGAUGCCGGAGAGUGUCUUUUCCAUCUCGGAGAAACCCAUUUGCUCUUUCGAAGGUCAUCUGGAUGAUGUCUUGGACCUCUCUUGGUCCAGAUCUCAGCAAUUACUUUCUUCUUCAAUGGACAAAACUGUUAGGCUAUGGGACAUGGAAAGCAAGACUUGUUUGAAGCUGUUUGCCCACAAUGACUACGUUACUUGUAUACAUUUUAACCCAGUAGAUGAUAGAUGCUUCAUCAGUGGUUCAUUGGAUGGGAAGGUCAGAUUGUGGAGUAUCCCAGACCGGCAAGUUGUGGACUGGACUGAUCUUCAUGAAAUGGUCACUGCUACUUGCUACACUCCUGAUGGACAGGGUGCAUUGGUUGGUUCACAUAAAGGGCGUUGCCAUUCGUACGACACAACUGAAUGCAAACUAAAUCAGAAAGGUCAAAUAGAUAUUCAUACCAAAAAGAAGCCUCAAGGGAAAAAGAUUACUGGUUUUGAGUUUGCUCCAAGUAAUCCAUCUGAGGUGCUAAUAUCCUCUGCCGAUUCACGGAUCCGGAUAUUUGAUGGUUCUGAUAUCAUUCACAAAUUUAGAGGUUUCCGCAAUACAAGUAGUCAAAUAUCAGCAUCAUUUACCGUGGAUGGAAAAUAUGUUGUAAGCGCAAGUGAAGAUUCUCAAAUAUAUGUAUGGAAGCGCGAUGAGAUAAAAAAUGUAGGUAGUGGAAAAGGCAAAGGUAUGAUUACUACUAGGUCUUAUGAGCAAUUCAAUUGCAAAGAUGUUUCAGUUGCAAUUCCAUGGCCUGGUUGUACCAAGUAUGAACCACCAACAUUGCCAUUGCAAUCGAAGAGACGGUCGAAGUGUUCAUUUUUACCGCCACUUCCACCUACUGGAGCUUCAAAUUCAAACCUUGAAGAUGCAUUCAUGAGCAACAGCAAUAGAAAAAAUCUCCCCCCUCUUCCAAGGAAGAAUAGUAUAUUGGAGAGACAGUCAUCAUGCCCAGAUGAGGGUCUCACCACUAGAUCACAUUCUAGAUCAGAUCCAAGCAUCAGUGAGAGUGCUUCAUUCACUUCUUCUAGUUCUUUGAGAAUAAGAGAUCCACAUUCUAUUUCUGCUAUAGGAAAUUCUUCAUGUUGGUCAUCCUUUGAUGGUGGCAAUAGCAAUGGGCAAAAUUGCAUACAAGCAACAGCAUGGGGUCUUGUGGUUGUAGCAGCAGGGUUGGGUGGAGAACUCAAAAUAUAUCAAAACUUUGGGUUGCCAGUUCGGCUAAGUCGCCAACCCAAUCUCUUUAGAGAGCACACAUAACAUCUUUAGUAAAGAGGAGUUCUUACUCUCUCUCUUUCUUUGGGUGAGGUGGUGUGGGAGGAGGGGAGGGAGAAACUACCAUCUUGAAACAUAUAUGAUACAGUUUUUUACUAGCAAAAUUUAAGAAUAAUUUGAAAUGGAGAGUUUAGAGCAUUUUUUUUUCUCUCUCUAUAAUUGAUUGAAGUAUAUCAGAGCUGUCGCUGAUUCCCACUAUCCGGCAAAUUAGGGAGAGUAAUUUCUUCAGCAAUAGAAUGAAUCACACUUCUACCACUAAAAUGUAUAUACCCGCUAAGUGUGCAACGUGAUUAUUGUACAUGAAUUGAUCAUUUGUCAAACAAGAGAAUUGGACAUCAUAAAAAUAGAAUCUGAACAGGAUCAUGAAAAGAAAACAAUUAAUGAA